AUGGAUAAGAUUUAUGUGAGUGGGAUACCGGGGAAGAAGUGUGGAGUCAUUAUCUUUGCUGCAGAGGAGCUCAGUAACUGCAGGGAUAUUGCAACCAUGCAGCUGUGUGCAAACAAGCUAGACAAAAAGGACUUUUUUGGCAAGUCGGACCCCUUCCUGGUUUUCUACCGGAGUAAUGAGGACGGAACGUUCACCAUCUGCCACAAGACGGAGGUGAUCAAGAACACACUGAACCCGGUGUGGCAGCCCUUCACCAUCCCUGUUAGAGCUCUCUGCAAUGGUGACUAUGACAGGACUGUGAAGGUAGAUGUCUUUGACUGGGAUCGAGAUGGAAGCCAUGACUUUAUUGGCGAGUUCACCACCAGCUACAGAGAGCUGUCUCGAGGGCAGAACCAGUUCAACGUCUAUGAGGUUUUAAAUCCCAAGAAGAAAGGCAAAAAGAAGAAGUACGUCAAUUCUGGAACUGUUACUCUGCUGUCCUUCAAAGUGGAGUCCGAGUAUACCUUUGUGGAUUUCAUCCGAGGAGGAACACAACUCAACUUCACAGUGGCUAUAGACUUCACAGCAUCCAACGGUAACCCCUCCCAGCCCACGUCCCUCCACUACAUGAGUCCCUACCAGAUGAAUGCAUAUGCCAUGGCCCUGAAAGCGGUGGGUGAGAUCAUCCAGGACUACGACAGCGACAAGCUUUUUCCUGCCUAUGGUUUCGGAGCUAAGCUGCCCCCCGAUGGCAAAAUCUCCCACGGCUUCCCGCUGAGCGGUGAUGCUGAGAAUCCAAACUGUGUGGGCAUAGAGGGGGUUCUGGAGGCCUAUUUCCAGAGCCUGAGGACGGUGCAGCUGUAUGGACCCACCAACUUUGCACCUGUUAUCAACAAAGUGGCAAACUGCGCAGCAGAGAUUACAGAUGGCUCUCAGUACUUUGUCCUACUGAUGAUCACGGACGGAGUGAUAUCUGAUAUGGUCCAGACCAAAGAGGCUGUGGUCAAUGCAGCAGGACUCCCCCUGUCCAUAAUAAUUGUCGGCGUUGGACCCGCUGAGUUUGAUGCCAUGGAGGAGCUGGAUGGAGAUGAAGUGAGGGUGUCCUCCAGGGGACGUCUUGCCGAGAGAGACAUUGUGCAGUUUGUCCCUUUCAGAGACUACAUCGACAGAUCCGGCAACCAGGUCCUCAGCAUGGCCCGGCUGGCUAAGGACGUCCUCGCCGAGAUCCCCGACCAGCUGCUGUCCUUCAUGAAGAGCCGGGGAGUCGAACCGCGGCCGGCCCUGUCCUCCUCGCCGCUACCGGAGCUGCACCGGCACAUCUGA